CUUUUUGUUGCAGAAGCAGCAAUGAUGUCUGGCACCGGGGGAGGGAAGCGAGCCUCAGGUGGGGACAGCCCCCCUGGUCCACCAGAGAAGAAGUGUAGAAAAGAAGAGAAGACCACCACCACUCUCAUUGAGCCCAUACGCAUUGGGGGAGUGUCCUCUACGGUUAGUCAUUUUCUUGUUGUCCUCCACAUCCAGGUCUUGUCUAUGCUUAAGUUAAUCGUCCCUCCUAUAUGGUUAUCUUCUUUAUUAUCACGUGACAUCUGCAGGAGGAAAUGGACAUGAAGGUGAUCCAGUUUAAGAAUAAAAAGCUGAGUGAGCGUCUGGAGCAGAGGCAGACCAUGGAGGAUGAGCUGCGAGAGAAGAUAGAGAAGCUGGAAAAGCGACAAGCGACUGACGAUACCACACUGCUCAUUGUGAAUCGUUACUGGUCCCAGGUACUUACAUCCCACAGUAAUUUGCUGCCGUGAAGGACCAUAGACAUAUACUUAACUAAGUGUAACCCCCACACAUACUCAAUUACCUUCUUUCUCUAACUUCCAGUUGGAAGAAAAUGUUCACUUGCUGCGCCAACGCAUUGACCCCACGGUGGUCCCGGCACCGCCCGCUACGCCUGUCUCUGCCCCUACCCCAAUGGAGGAGGAUAGUAUGAUCCCACCACCCCCUCCUUCAGCCCCACUCCCAGCGCCAGAACACGAGGAGCAACAGCCUCCACCACCCGAUGGUAUGGAGAUAGCUCGUAAUCCACAGCAGGACUCGACAACCGGUAAAAAUCAUUCCUGCUCUCUCUCAACCUUUUAUCUACGCAUAUCUAGCCUCUGAUCAGAAGUAAUGAUACAGGCCUCUCGAGUGGCGCAGCGGUCUAAGGCACUGCAUCGCAGUGUUGUGGCCGUGACCGGAAGUCCAAUAUUGCGGCGCACAAUUGGCCUAGCAUGGUCUGGGUAAGGAGAGGGUUUGGGCGGGGGCCUUUACUUGGCUCCUUGUGGUGGGCCGGGCGCCUGCAGGCUGACUUCGGUCAUCAGUUGAACGUUGUUUCCUCCGACACAUUGUUGUAGCUGGCUUCCGGGUUAAGCGAGCGGGUGUUAAGAAGCGUGGCUUGGCGGGUCAUGUUUCGAAGGACGCAUGACCUGAACUUUAGCCUCUCCCGAGCCCGUUGGGGAGUUGCAGCGAUGAGACAAGAUCGUAAUCACGAAAUUGGGGAGAAAAAAGGGGGCAAAAACAUAAAAAAUAGGUAAUGAUACCUCCGAUUGCGUUGCCACCUAUAAUAACUGGUGUGAGGCAUGGCAACAUAACAAAGCAGUAAACCUGUCUAGCACUUACGCCACACGUUUUAUCGUCAACCACAUCCUAAGUCUUACCAUCCUAACUGUUUAGCACCGCUGCCCACUACUACCCUCAGUGAGAGUGCCAAAGCCUUCCUCUCCACUUUGGACAACAGCAGUGAGGAGGAGCUCAGCCUGCAGCUGCAGGACAGGAUGCAGUUCAGCAAGGAGGCAGCUGCCUGCAUGGUCUGCGUCUUCGACAGGCUGCACAGCCGCAUCGACAGCCUAUGCACCCAGAUCCUGUCCACAGGUAACUAUUCAGACUCGCUUAUCAUGACUAGGGGCUUUUUCACUUUCUGGUUGUAGCAACAUGUGGGUACUAAAUUUGGCAUAAUUAUGUAGAGUGGUUCCCAACUAUGACAUUCACUCUGAUCUUGUGUUAAAUUCCUGUCAGUCGCUUUGGAUAAAAGCAUCUGCUACGUGGCAUAUGUAAUCACUAGUUGAGUAACCCUAGUAACUGUGUUGUCUUUGUCAGUGUUUGAGGAUGACAGCCAGGAAGAGAUGCUCCGUCUGAAUCGUACUCUGCUGGAGGAGAAUGGCAGACUGCGAGACCUGGCCUCCUCCCUGCAGGGCAGACACCACAAGAUGUCUAUGGAGGUACGUUACCGCACCCUGUCAUGAAUAGUGUGUGUAUUGGGAAUUCCCACAUCGCCAUAGUGUCGUCUUUCAGGCUUUUGUAUCCUCCUCAAUGUGAAUGUCUGCUAGUUCUCAUCGGUGAUGAUACAUGGCGAUUGUGUGGACUCAUCCAGCCAAUUUCAUAAUCAAAUGUUUGCUCUCCACUCUCCUCCUCUUUAUCAGUACAAUGAGCUUGUGGAUAAGGUGACAAGCUCGGAGACCAAGGUGUCUGAGAUGGAGACUGCUGUGGAGGAUCUGCAGUGGGACAUCGAGAAGCUCCGUAAGAGGGAACAGAAGCUCAACAAGCAUCUGGCUGAGGCACUGGAGCAGGUGUGUGUAAUUUGUGGGUGUGUACUUAAUGUACUUUGUGUGUGUACUUGAGCAGGUGUGUGUGUGUAGUUCUAGUGUCUUAUCAUCGCUGAUGUCACUCUCCAUUAUGCAUCGAUGGCCAGCGAUAAGGCUGAAGCACCAGAGCAUGCCAUCCAUUGAAUAGCAGCUGUGGGGGGGUUUGUGUUUAUCUAUAGUGCCUUGCAAAAGUAUUCACCCCCUUUGCGUUUUUCCUUUUUGUUGUAUUACAACCUGUAAUUUAAAUGAAUUUUUAUUUGGAUUUCAUGUAAUGGACAUACAGAAAAUAGUCAAAAUUGGUGAAGUGAAAUGAAAAAAAUAACUUGUUACAAAAAAUUCUAAAAAAUAAAUAACGGAAAAGUGGGGCGUGGAUAUGUAUUCACCCCCUUUGCUAUUAAGCCCCUAAAUAAGAUCUGGUGCAACCAAUUACCUUCAGAAGUCACAUAAUUAGUUAAAUAAAGUCCACCUGUGUGCAAUCCAAGUGUCACAUGAUCUGUCACAUGAUCUCAGUAUAUAUACACCUGUUCUAAAAGGCCCCAGAGUCUGCAACACCACUAAGCAAGGGGCACCACCAAACAAAUUGGCACCAUGAAUACCAAGGAGCUCUUCAAACAGGUCAGGGACAAAGUUGUGGAGAAGUACAGAUCAGGGUUGGGUUAUAAAAAAUAUCUGAAACUUUGAACAUCCCACGGAGCACAAUUAAAUCCAUUAUUUAAAAAUGGAAAGAAUAUGGCACCACAACAAACCUGCCAAGAGAGGGCCGCCCACCAAAACUCACGGCCCAGGCAAGGAGGGCAUUAAUCAGAGAGGCAACAAAGAGACCAAAGAUAACCCUGAAGGAGCAGCAAAGCUCCACAGCGGAGAUUGGAGUAUCUGUCCAUAGGACCAAUUUACGCCAUACACUCCACAGAGCUGGGCUUUACGGAAGAGUGGCCAGAAAAAAGACCUUGCUUAAAGAAAAAAAUAAGCAAACAUGUUUGGUGUUCGCCAAAAGGCAUGUGGGAGACUCCCCAAACAUAUGGAAGAAGGUACUCUGGUCAGAUGAGACUAAAAUUGAGCUUUUUGGCCAUCAAGGAAAACAAUAUGUCUGCCGCAAACCCAACACCUCUCAUCGCUCCGAGAACACCAUCCCCACAGUGAAGCAUGGUGGUGGCAGCAUUAUGCUGUGGGGAUGUUUUUCAUCGGCAGGGACUGGGAAACUGGUCAGAAUUGAAGGAAUGAUGGAUGGCGCUAAAUACAGGGAAAUUCUUGAGGGAAACCUGUGUCUUCCAGAGAUUUGAGACUGGGAUGGAGGUUCACCUUCCAGCAGGACAAUGACCCAAAGCAUACUGCUAAAGCAACACUUGAGUGGUUUAAGGGGAAACAUUUAAAUGUCUUGGAAUGGCCUAGUCAAAGUCCAGACCUCAAUCCAAUUGAGAAUCUGUGGUAUGACUUAAAGAUUGCUGUACACCAGCGGAACCCAUCCAACUUGAAGGAUCUGGAGCAGUUUUGCCUUGAAGAAUGGGCAAAAUCCCAGUGGCUAGAUGUGCCAAGCUUAUAGAGACAUACCCCAAGAGACUUGCAGCUGCAGGGGGGGGGGGGGGGGGGGGGGGGGGGGGGGGGUGAAUAGUUAUGCAUGCUCAAGUUUUCUGUUUUUUUUGUCUUAUUUGUUUCAUAAUAAAAAAAGAUUUUGCAUCUUCAAAGUGGUAGGCCUGUCGUGUAAAACAAAUGAAACAAACCCCCCAAAAAUCAAUUUUAAUUCCAGGUUGUAAGGCAACAAAAUAAGAAAAAUGCCAAGGGGGGUGAAUACUUUCGCAAGCCACUGUAUGUCCUGCUGUAUGUACAUGGGUAAAAUAAUGUUUUGAUGUUGUAUAGCCGGAAUGAAGACUGUAACCACAUCUAUAUAACUAUUGUAAUAUGUCUGGGUUAGUGUCUGUACUAAUAUAUGGGGCAAGUUAGCUAAACACCUCUGAUUGUUCUGCCCAGUUGACCUCGGGCUACUACACCACUGGCAGCUCAGGGGGGCUACCCGGUGGCCAGAUCACCCUCAAUAUACAGAAGGUGAGUGCAGACUUGUCUCUAUUGUCCAACCAUAUUCUUGAGCUUCCCUUCCAUCUUGUUUUGAUACAUUGCUGUUUCCAACCCUGUCAUGUGGAGUUAAAUUAGUGCCAAAAGUAAUACAAAUGUAACUCCAUAUUGUAAUUAUUAUAUCUGUUAGUUUGAGAGCCUGAAUGCAGAGUUGGAGCAGAACCAGGAGCUGGCCAACAACCGCAUGGCGAACCUGGAGAAACAACAGCAGGAGCUCCAGGAGGCUGUGAGGGAGAGUGAGAAGCUUAAGGUACAGCAGCAGUCCCCUCCGAGGGAAUACAAGACUAAACUCACAACAAUACGCUGUGCAUUCUGUUAUCUGUCAGCUUAACAAAGGAGAUGCUCACUAUUCAGACAGUCAUGAGUCAGAUGUCAUGUCAAGGAAGAUUAUAAUUGUAGAAUAUAUACAGUGCCUUCAGAAAGUAUUCAUACCCCUUGACUUUUUCCACAUUUUGUUGUGUUACAGGCUAAAUUCAAGAUGGAUUAAACAAAUAUAUAAUCUCACCCAUUUAACUACACACAAUACCCCACAUUUAAAUAAAAAAAGUUUUCAAAUUGAUUGAAAAUAAAAUACUGAACUAUCUAAUUUACAGAAAUAUUCACACCCCUUUGCCACGACAAUCCAAAUUGAACUCAGGUGCAUCCAAUUUCCUUUGAUCAUCCUUGAGAUGUCGCUACAACUUGAUUGGAGUCCACCUGUGGUAAAUUCAAUUGUUUGGACAUGAUAUAGAAAGAAACACACCUGCCUAUAUAAGGUGCCACAGUUGACAGUGCAUGUCAGAGCAGAAACUAUACCAUGAAGUCCAAGGAACUGUCCGUAGAUCACCGAGAUAGAAUUGUGAUGAGGUAUAUAUCUGGGGAAGAGUAUAAAACAAUUUCAACAGUGUUGAAAGUUUCCAAAAGCACAGUGGUCUCCAUCAUUGGGAAAUAGAAAAUAUAUGGAACUACCCAGACUGCCUAGAGCUGGCCGUCUGAUCAAACUGAGCAACUGGGCAAGAAGGACCUUGGUCAGGGAGGUGACUAAGAACCCAGUGACCACUCUGACAGAACUACAUAGUUCCUUGGCUGAGAUGGGAGAACCUGCCAGAAGGAAAGUAGACUCUACAGCGCUUCACCAAUCUGGGCUUUGAGAAAAAGGCACAUGACAGCACGCCUGGAGUUUACAAAAAGGCAUGUGAAAGACAAAAGAUUCUGUGGUCUGAUAAGACAAAAAUGUAACUCUUUGGCCUGACUGCAAAGCGCUACGUCUGGAGAAUAUCAGGCACAGCUCAUCACCCGUCUAACACCAUCCCUACCGUGAAGCAUGGUGGUGGCAGCAUCAUGCUAUGGGGAUGCUUUUCAGUGAUAGGGACUGGGAGACUCGUAAGGAUAGAGGGAACAAUGAAUGGAGCCAAAUACAGGCAAAUCCUUGAUGAGAACCUACUUCAGAGUGUAAAUGACCUUAGACUGGACCGAAGAUUUACGUUCCAACAGGACAGUCACCGCAAGCAUAAAGCCAAAGCAAUGCUGGAAUGGCUUCAGAACAAGAAUGUGAAAGUCCAACAGCCAAAGCCCAGACUUGAAUCCCAUUGAAAAUCUGUGUGAAGACUUGAAGAUUAGCAGCAUUUUCUAAAAACAUGUUUUCACUUUGUCGUUAUGGGGUAUUGUGUGUAGAUGGGUGAGGAAAAAAAUAUUUAAUUCAUUUUGAAUUCAGGCUGUAAUACAACAGUGUGGAAUAAGUCCAGGGGUAUGAAUACAUUCUUAAGGCACUGUAAACACUUAAAACAAUUAUAAACACAAUAACAUAUGUUUGUUAUGUUAUGAUCACUGAAUGUAUACUCUGUCUGUAAUGUAAUGUAUUUUCCUGGCAAAUGUUCCCUUGUCUGAAUUGCAGUAAUUUCGUUUUUCACUAUGUCUCAAGGUGCCUUACAGUGUAUGGGGGGUAAUUCACUCACCCGCUUAACUACCUUUCAGUUGGACCUGAAAAAUAUUCCGGAGGAUGUGGUGAAGGAGACCGCGGACUACAAGUGCCUGCAGUCCCAGUUCUCCCUGCUCUACAACGAGUCUCUGGGGGUGAAGACCCAGCUGGAUGAGGCCCGGGCCCUGCUCCUCACCGCUAAGAACGCCCACCUCAGACAGAUAGAGCACAUGGAGGUCAGGAGCACUGAUUUUGCAGAGAGUGGCUAUUUAGAGGAAGGUUUUACUUGCAAUGAUUAUGAUCCAUGGUUCAUUUACCUCCCUUAGUUGAAUGGACUGAUUGUCGCUCUGCAUAAGAUAAUGUAAGUGUAGGAGGGAGCGACUGAUUUUAAAGUAACAAACAUUUCAGCAUAUCAGAUCUGGGUUCAAAUAGUAUCCCCCCCCCCCCCCCCCCAUGCGUUAGUUGCGCUUGAUUGAGCCUGCCUGGGGUACCAGAUGGAUGGGUUUUGCAAUUUUGGGACUAUUCCAUUGCUCCCAUUGUGCAAGGCAAGCUCAAUCAAGCGCAGCUAAAGUAUUUGAAAGAAAACAAAUACUACUUGAACCCAGGUCUGGCAUGUAUAUCAUGAAUACACUAGGAAUAUACAGUGGGGAAAAAAAGUAUUUAGUCAGCCACCAAUUGUGCAAGUUCUCCCACUUAAAAAGAUGAGAGAGGCCUGUAAUUUUCAUCAUAGGUACACGUCAACUAUGACAGACAAAUUGAGAAAAAAAAAUCCAGAAAAUCCCAUUGUAGGAUUUUUAAUGAAUUUAUUUGCAAAUUAUGGUGGAAAAUAAGUAUUUGGUCACCUACAAACAAGCAAGAUUUCUGGCUCUCACAGACCUGUAACUUCUUCUUUAAGAGGCUCCUCUGUCCUCCACUCGUUACCUGUAUUAAUGGCACCUGUUUGAACUUGUUAUCAGUAUAAAAGACACCUGUCCACAACCUCAAACAGUCACACUCCAAACUCCACAAUGGCCAAGACCAAAGAGCUGUCAAAGGACACCAGAAACAAAAUUGUAGACUUGCACCAGGCUGGGAAGACUGAAUCUGCAAUAGGUAAGCAGCUUGGUUUGAAGAAAUCAACUGUGGGAGCAAUUAUUAGGAAAUGGAAGACAUACAAGACCACUGAUAAUCUCCCUCAAUCUGGGGCUCCACGCAAGAUCUCACCCCGUGGGGUCAAAAUGAUCACAAGAACGGUGAGCAAAAAUCCCAGAACCACACGGGGGGACCUAGUGAAUGACCUGCAGAGAGCUGGGACCAAAGUAACAAAGCCUACCAUCAGUAACACACUACGCCGCCAGGGACUCAAAUCCUGCAGUGCGAGACGUGUCCCCCUGCUUAAGCCAGUACAUGUCCAGGCCCGUCUGAAGUGCAUUUGGAUGAUCCAGAAGAGGAUUGGGAGGAUGUCAUAUGGUCAGAUGAAACCAAAAUAUAACUUUUUGGUAAAAACUCAACUCGUCAUGUUUGGAGGACAAAGAAUGCUGAGUUGCAUCCAAAGAACACCAUACCUACUGUGAAGCAUGGGGGUGGAAACAUCAUGCUUUUGGGCUGUUUUUCUGCAAAGGGACCAGGACGACUGAUCCGUGUAAAGGAAAGAAUGAAUGGGGCCAUGUAUCGUGAGAUUUUGAGUGAAAACCUCCUUCCAUCAGCAAGGGCAUUGAAGAUGAAACGUGGCUGGGUCUUUCAGCAUGACAAUGAUCCCAAACACACCGCCCGGGCAACGAAGGAGUGGCUUCGUAAGAAGCAUUUCAAGGUCCUGGAGUGGCCUAGCCAGUCUCCAGAUCUCAACCCCAUAGAAAAUCUUUGGAGGGAGUUGAAAGUCUGUGUUGCCCAGCGACAGCCCCAAAACAUCACUGCUCUAGAGGAGAUCUGCAUGGAGGAAUGGGCCAAAAUACAAGCAACAGUGUGUGAAAACCUUGUGAAGACUUACAGAAAACGUUUGACCUGUGUCAUUGCCAACAAAGGGUAUAUAACAAAGUAUUGAGAAACUUUUGUUAUUGACCAAAUACUUAUUUUCCACCAUCAUUUGCCAAUAAAUUCAUUAAAAAUCCUACAAUGUGAUUUUCUGGAUUUUUUUUCUCUCAUUUUGUCUGUCAUAGUUGACGUGUACCUAUGAUGAAAAUUACAGCCCUCUCUCAUCUUUUUAAGUGGGAGAACUUGCACAAUUGGUGGCUGACUAAAUACUUUUUUUCCCCACUGUAUGUGGUUAGAAAGGUAUUUGGAAUAGCCAGGGUUACAGCGGCCCGGGGAGCUGACUAGCUCUGCAUUCCACAACACUAUGUCAUUGCCAUGGCUACAGUGCCUAGUGUUUGGGCAAAACAUGACCAAUUUGGCGUAAGCAGAAACAGACGGGCUCUCUUUAUAUGCUUGGAAAGUGGAUUGUGUCACAAUCAGUAAAAACUGGCCAAAACUAGUCAGGAUGUCAGAUUUGGUGUGAUUUGGCCGCCGUCAACAAAAGCUGUGGUGUUUGUCAUCUGUUCAGAGUGACGAGUUGUCACUACAGAAGAAGCUCCGCACUGAGGUCAUCCAACUGGAAGACACGCUGGCCCAGGUGCGCAAGGAGUACGAGAUGCUGCGCAUCGAGUUUGAACAGAACCUGGCGGCCAACGAGCAAGCAGGUAACAUCUAAUCUCCACAACACCUCCCACUACCUAGGCUUGUUUCUAUCAUUAAAUGUUUCCCAUAGAAAGCAAACGUUUCAGUCUUAUUCCUGUUUUUCCCUCUAACCAAGGAUGUUGACUGUGUGUUUGGGAGGAAUGUAUCCUCUCCUGUUAUCACUAUCCUUAUUGCUCACUAGUUUGGCGAUACUUCACAAGUUUAGCGCACGCAGAAUACAGUCAGACAAAACAAUGUGGUGGCUCUGACUGAAACGCACGGUCAUUGUUUCCUUAUCAACCCCUCUGUCCCCUUUGAUCUUUCCCUCAGGCCCAAUCAACAGAGAGAUGCGCCACCUCAUCAGCAGCCUCCAGAACCACAACCACCAGCUGAAAGGUGACGUGCAGCGCUACAAGCGGAAGCUCAGAGAAACACAGAUGGAGAUCAACAAGGUAGGUGGCGGAUCCUCCACGUGAGACCAAUAGACUUUCUUCUGAAUAUUUAAUCAAUAUGCAGAUAGAGACAGGUUUCUUUUCUAACCAGAUGACCAGGUCAGGAUAAACUCUGGACUAGAGCGCUGCUACCUGACCUGAGCCCGACGGGCCCCGAUAUUACUCAUCGGGGUAGGGCCUGUUUUUUCAUCAAUAACUAGGGUACGGGCAGCACUCGGGUAUCACUUAAUUGAUCUCUAACAUUUUGAAGCUGAGCCAUUUGCGUGUGCUCUGCUGCGCAGUACAGUCAUAUCUGACUACGAUCAUAACAUGGUGUCAGAAGUGCUUCAACCUCGUUAAAUAUAAAACGGGAGAGAUUAUUUCACAGAAAAUAAUGUUCCUUGAGUUGUGUCUGAGUUUAGAGUGACGAAAAGUAGCUAACAUCUAACUGCUCUCUCAUGUCUCUUCAUUGAGCAGAACAGCCCAAGCGGAGCUGUUGCUAUGGAUACUCAGACUCAGAGCUGCCGUGAGCAGAGCGAGCUGCGUGCAAGGAGCGAGUGACAGAGAGGAGCAGCUAAUGGAUUUACUAACUGAGGUUAUUUACUAACGGAAGUUAUUUCUGAUUUCUGGUUUCGGGCAGGGCCUUGAAUUUGGUAGAAGCAAUCGGGCCUGGGUAGGGUAGGGCCUGAAUGUCGUGGGCAUGGGUAGUACUCGCUUAAAAUUAAUGUCCGUGCAGGGCUCUACUCUGGACCCUUGUUAUAGGCUAACUAGAGCAUUUGCCCUGGUGAGGCGGUUAAGUCACGUGGUUCAUCAAAACUUGAAUUGCACAAUAUUUGAUUAAUAGAUGAGGGUAAACGUGACUUAUUUGAGUCAUGACAUUUGCUACGAAAAUGUGAUCAAUGCGAUUGAUGUCCCAAAACCAUUUUCUAUCCCUGUCCCUUUGACAGUUGCGGUGUCAGAGUGGUGACACUGGGCUUCUGUCGUUGGAGGAGCCGGUGAGCGACAGCCUGGAGGUGAAGAAAGAGGAGGAUGAAGACCAAGAGGAGGAGGAGGAGAGGAGGAGGGAGCUGGAGAGACAGCGGGCCCGGGAGAGAGAGCGGGAGACUGGGAGGGAACGAGAGAGGGAACGAGAGAGGGAGCGACAGCGCAGCGAGGAGUUGAAGAGGAAAGAUUCGGACACCCUGAAGAUGCUGAGGGCGGAACUUAAGUAUGUUUUUUUUUUUGUCACAGAACACACAACUCACCUUUCAUGUUAUACAGAAUAAAGUAGGGGUGUGCAGAUCUGUUCAUAAUCGUAUUUGAAAUUCUAUCCGUUUUAUCACACUUGAUACUCGUAAUCAGAUUUACUCGUGAUCGGAAAACCUGGAAGUGAGCUUUAAAUGCCGGUAAAGCCUAUACCUCAAGUACACAUUACUGCACUAUCACCCAGAGUGCAUCUCAGAGCACAUCGUUAUGUUCCUUCACUCAUUCACACAUUGUUCAAAGUUAAGAAAUUAUACUGACAGCUGAAAAUGCAUAUGAUUUACUUACUUAGUCCUAUUCAAUUAUCAACAAAAUAGGCUAAUAAAUAAUGCAUGGCUGGCUACUGCUGCCUGCAUUUAUUCCAGACAGAUUUAGUUGAAGGUAAUUCGCUUGCCCCAUAUAUUUUUUCACUUUCGAGAGGAGCAAAACAUUUCUCUCCCGACACUUAUGCCACAACAUUUGUACAAUGAAAAUGAACUAUCUGCAUUUGUCAUUUUUAAUGAUCAGUCUCUCUGUAAAUAUGCCUGGGCGAGAAUAAAUAAUAAUAAUAGCAAGCAUGGGUUUAGCUCACAACAUAACGACAGAGGGAGGGGGAGCGGAGACUUGUUCUAAUCCAAUUGUGGCAGCUGGCUCAACCCACACCCCGCCCAUUUCUUGACAGACAGCCGAACUAGCCAAUUGAGUUAUUUAUAGUACACAACACUUCACACUGUUUGAGAGAUGUGUGCUGGCAGCUGAAAAUACAUUUUUCCCCAAUCACGAAUAAUUACAAAAAUUACUCAUAUCAUAAUCGUAUUCAGAAAAUUAUCCAUAUCUGUUAAGAUACUUGUUUUGUCCGAGUACUCGGCACAUCCCUAGAAUAAAAGAUACUCUCAUAUAGUAGAAGACCUUAACACAUUGUCUUAUUCUAAAGUGAGGUAGUGCUAACUCUAAUACUGUUCAUUCUCCUUUUCACCCAGGAAAGCCCAGGAGUCUCAGAAGGAGAUGAAGCUACUGUUGGACAUGUACAAAUCAGCUCCCAAAGAACAGAGGGACAAAGUGCAGCUUAUGGCAGCAGAGCGCAAGUCUAAAGCUGAGGUUUGUCCAGCAACCGUUUGACUUCUUUCUUAAUAAUUCCGACCUGAACUGUAGGUUAUCAUUGAAAGUCAAUUCAUGUACAGUACCAGUCAAAAGUUUGGACACACCUACUCCUUCAAGGGUUUUUCUUUAUUUUUACUAUUUUCUACAUUGUAGAAUAAUAGUGAAGACAUCAAAACUGUGAAAUAACACAUAUGGAAUAAUGUAGUAACCAAAAAAGUGUUAAACAAAUCAAAAUAUAUUUUAUAUUUGAGAUUCGCUGCCUUGAUGACAGCUUUGCACACUCUUGGCAUUCUCUCAACAAGCUUCAUGAGGAAUACUUUUCCAACAGUCUUGAAGGAGUUCCCACAUAUGCUGAGCACUUGUUGGCUGCUUUUCCUUCACUCUGCGGUCCAACUCAUCCCAAACCAUCUCAGUUGGGUUGAGGUUGGGUGAUUGUGGAGGCCAGGUCAUCUGAUUCAGCCCUCUAUCACUCUCCUACUUGGUCAAAUAGCCCUUACACAGCCUGGAGGUGUGUUUUGGGUCAUUGUCCUGUUGAAAAACAAAUGAUAGUCCCACUAAGCGCAAACCAGAUUGGAUGGCGUAUCGUUGCAGAAUGCUGUGGUAGCCAUGCUGGUUAAGUGUGCCUUGAAUUCUAAAUAAAUCACUGACAGUGUCACCAGCAAAGCACCAUCACACCACCUCCUCCAUGCUUCACGGUGGGAACCACACAUGCAGAGAUCGUCCGUUCGCCUACUCUGCUUCUCAGAAAGACACAGCGGUUGGAACCAGAAAUCUCACAUUUGGACUCAUCAGACCAAAGGACAGAUUUCCACCGGUCUAAUGUCCAUUGCUCGUGUUUCUUGGCCCAAGCAACUCUCUUCUUCUAUUGGUGUCCUUUAGUAGUGGUUUAUUUGCAGCAAUUCGACCAUGAAGGCCUGAUUCACGCAGUCUCCUCUGAACAGUUGAUAUUGAGAUGUGUCUGUUACUUGAACUCUGUGAAGCAUUUAUUUGGGCUGCAACCUGAGGUGCAGUUAACUCUAAUGAACUUUAUCCUGCAGCAGAGGUUACUCUGGGUCUUCCUUUCCUGUGGCGGUCCUCAUGAGAGCCAGUUUCAUCAUAGUGCUUGAUGGUUUUUGCGACUGCACUUGAAGAAACUUUCAAAGUUCUUGAAAUGUUCAGUAUUAACUGACCUUCAUGACUUAAAGUAAAGAUGGAAUGUCGUUUCUCUUUGCUUAUUUGAGCUGUUCUUGCCAUAAUAUGGACUUGGUCUUUUACCAAAAAGCGCUUUCUUCUGUAUACCACCCCUACCUUGUCACAACACAACUGAUUGACUCAAACGCAUUAAGAAGGAUAGAAAUUCCACAAAUUUACUUAACGCACACCUGUUAAUUGAAAUGCAUUCCAGGUGACUACCUCAUGAAGCUGGUUGAGAGAAUGCCAAGAGUGUGCAAAGCUGUCAUCAAGGCAAAGGGUGGCUACUUUGAAGAAUCUCAAAUAUAAAAUUAUAUUUUGAUUUGUUUAACACUUUUUUGGUCACUACAUGAUUCCAUAUGUGUUAUUUCAUAGUUUUGAUGUCUUCUCUGUUAUUCUACAAUGUAGAAAAUAGUAAAAAAUAAAGAAAAACCUUGGAAUGAGUAGCUGUGUCCAAACAUUUGACUGGUACUGUAUAUUUGUAAAAUAAUUCAAACAAGUAAAGUUAAUUGGUAUUUGUUGGGUCCUGUUACUUUGUAUUUGUUGUAUUUCGUAUCUAAAAAAUUGAAUUGUCUAUAAAAUAUUGGUCAUAAAAAAAAGUAAAUUCAUGAGGUGGUUGAAGUGGUAGUCCUCUGUAGCUCAGCUGGUAGAGCACGGCGCUUGUAACGCCAAGGUAGUGGGUUCGAACCCCGGGACCACCCAUACACAAAAUAAAUGUAUGCACGCAUGACUGUAAGUCGCUUUGGAUAAAAGCGUCUGCUAAAUGGCAUAUUAUUUAUUAUUAUUAAGUGGUAUCUGUAUCCAACCCCACUUCAAUCUCAAGUAGAAAAAUUUAAAAAAAAGUAGAGUGCCUAUGUGUUUCAGUCCAUGUAUUACAUAUAAAUCCCCCCCCCCCCCCCCCCCCCCUGCGUCCCAGGUGGAUGAGUUGCGGGUGCGGGUUCGAGAGCUGGAGGAGAGGGAGAGGAAGGAGAGCAAGAAGCUGGCUGAUGAGGACGCUCUUAGGAAGAUCCGUGUGGCAGAGGAGACAAUCGACCACCUACAGAAGAAGCUCACUGCCACCAAACAGGUACUGUAUAUCCACUACACAUUCAAAACUUUUGCAGAGGUGUUGAAUAUGUUAAAUAUCACAAUUGCAGUGGGUUUGCCUUGGCUUUGCCAUAUAUUUUUUUUCAUUUGACCAGGUAUUUCAAUGGAAUUUGAUUUCUUAAGAAAUCUCAGUGCCGAUAAGUGAGGUGUCGCAAUGCUAUUCAGUGGUAUUUUAAUUACAUUAGAUGAGGUGUCAUUGUGAAGUCAGUUGAUACAUGUUAGUUACAAUUACAUUGUGUGUGUGAUUCAUUCGGGAUACAUUGCAAGGUAACACUGUGUGACCUAAUGUGUUUUCAUCUGCCAUAUUGUACCAGGUCUCUCUCUUAAAGAGAUUGGACCUCAAUUAAAUGAAACUACAUAACUAACAGUAAAAAUAAAAUAUAAAAAACUAAACCAAUGCCAACUCUAUGCCAACCUCCCACCCCCCUGUACCUCUCCAUUCUGUCCAGGAGGAGGAGGCCCUACUGAGUGAGAUGGACGUGACAGGUCAGGCCUUUGAGGACAUGCAGGAGCAGAACAGCCGGCUGAUGCAGCAGCUGAGGGAGAAGGAUGACGCCAACUUCAAGCUGAUGUCGGAACGCAUCAAGUCCAACCAGAUCUACAAGCUGCUGAGGGAGGAGAAGGAGGAGCUGGCCGACCAGGUGCUCACCUUCAAGACCCAGGUAAGAGAGACUGUGGAGGAUGGACUGUCAGCAUCGUGUGUGUGUUUAUUUCCAAGGCAACUUACAAAGCGGUGGAUGUACAACGGGUGCAUAACUCGUUUGGCAAGAAAGACUGUUUUAUUUUAUUUUUCUAAGACACCCGCGGGUCAAAAAAUAGCAUAUCUCGAGCCGCAUGUUGUGCAUCCCUGAUGUAAACAUUGGCUAUUGAAAUAAAAAAGAAAACAACAUUUGAUUGUAGUCCUGAUAAUGCAUGUGUUUCUGAGCUAAUGAGGAAGAGGUCUGAUUGAUUGGUUCCCCUUGCUGUCUGUCACAGGUGGAAGCCCACUUAUUGGUUGUACAGAAGCUGGAGGAGAAAGAGGGCAUCCUCCAGAGCUUACUGGCCACUCUGGAGAAAGAGUUAGGAGUUCGCAUACAAGCACUAGAACUCAACAAGAGGAAGGUAGCAAAACAAUACCUCUACUACUACUAAGAUACUUUUAAACUCCCCUUCUUCCACAGUUACCUUACCAAUACUACUACUCACAGUACUACAACUACUACUACUGCUUUUACUAUUGAUAUUGUAAUAAUACCACAAAAAGGAAUAACAAUACCACUGUUGUGAAGGACAAUACUAGAAAUUGUGUUGCUGGUCACUCUUCUUGUGACAUUCUGUUGGGAGUAUCUCUGAGUGUCUCUUGCCCCUCCAUGUCCCCAGGCGGUGGAGGCAGCCCAGCUGGCUGAGGACUUGAAGGUGCAGCUGGAACACACCCAGUCCAAGCUGAGGGAGAUCCAGGUGUCCGUGUCCGAGAACCGCACAGCCAGAGAGAGGGAGUUGGGCAACCUCAAAAGAGCACAGGUACACACAACUACUGACAAGUCUGUCCUUUCUAGAUAUUUAUCCUUUAUUUAACCAGGUGAGUCCCAUUUUUAAAUAGUAAUAUAUUUUUUCGUGGGAACCCUGGUGUUAAUUUGUCAAACCCCUAAAAGCCUUCAGUGAAUACAGUGGGAAGGGUAAUUUUACAUUUAAGUCAUUUAGCAGAUGCUCUUAUCCAGAGCGACUUACAAAUUGGUGCAUUCAACUUAGGAUAGCCAGUGGGACAGCCACCCUUUUUUUUUUUAUGGGGGAGUAGAAGGAUUACUGUUAUACUAUUCCAGGUAUUCCUUAAAGAGGUAGGGUUUCAAGUGUCUCCGGAAGGUGGUCAGUGACUCCGCUGUCGUGGGGGAGCUUGUUCCACCAUUGGGGUGCCAGAGCAGCGAAUAGCUUUGACUGGGCUGAGCGGGAACUGUGCUUCCGUAGAGGUAGGGGAGCUAGCAGGCCAGAGGUGGAUGAACGUAGUGCCCUCGUUUGGGUGUAGGGUCUGAUCAGAGCCUGAAGGUAAGGAGGUGCCGUUCCCCUCACAGCUCCAUAGGCAAGCACCAUGGUUUUGUAGUAGAUGCGAGCCUCAACUGGAAGCCAGUGGAGUGUGCGGAGGAGCGGGGUAACAUGAGAGAACUUGGGAAGGUUGAACACCAGACGGGCUGCAGCGUUCUGGAUAAGUUGUAGGGGUUUAAUGGCACAGGCAGGGAGCCCAGCCAACAGCGAGUUGCAGUAAUCCAGACGGGAGAUGACAAAUGCCUGGAUUAGGACCUGUGCCGCUUUCUGUGUAAGGUAGGGUCGUACUCUGCGAAUGUUGUAGAGCAUGAACCUGCAUGAUCGGGUCACCGCUUUGAUGUUGGCGGAGAACGACAGGGUGUUGUCCAGGGUCACGCCAAGGUUCCUUGCACUCUGGGCGGAGGACACAAUGGAGUUGUCAACCGUGAUGGCGAGAUCAUGGAGCGGGCAGUCCUUCCCCGGGAGGAAGAGCAGCUCCGUCUUGCCGAGGUUCAGCUUGAUGGUGGUGAUCCGACAUCCACACUGAUAUGUCCGCCAGACAUGCAGAGAUGCGAUUCGCCACCUGGUUAUCAGAAGGGGGAAGGGGGAAAUUAAUUGUGUGUCGUCUGCGUAGCAAUGAUAGGAGAGACCAUGUGAGGAUAUGACAGAGCCAAGUGAAUUGGUGUAUAGAGAGAAUAGGAGAGGGCCUAGAACUGAGCCCUGGGGGACACCAGUGGUGAGAGCACGUGGUGCGGAGACAGAUUCUCGCCACGCCACCUGGUAGGAGCGACCUGUCAGGUAGGACGCAAUCCAAGAGUGAGCAGCGCCGGAGAUGCCCAACUCGGAGAGGGUGGAGAGGAGGAUCUGAUGGUUCACAGUAUCAAAGGCAGCAGAUAGGUCUAGAAGGAUAAGAGCAGAGGAGAGAGAGUUAGCUUUAGCAGUGCGGAGAGCCUCCGUGACACAGAGAAGAGCAGUCUCAGUUGAAUGACCAGUCUUGAAACCUGACUGGUUUGGAUCAAGAAGGUAAUUCUGAGAGAGGUAGCAGGAGAGUUGGCUAGAGACGGCACGCUCAAGAGAGAGAAAAGAAAGAAGGGAUACUGGUCUGUAGUUCUUGACAUCGGAGGGAUCGAGUGUAGGUUUUUUGAGGAGGGGUGCAACUCUCGCUCUCUUGAAGGAAGGGACAUAGCCAGCGGUCAAGGAUGAGUUGAUGAGCGAAGUGAGGUAAGGGAGAAGGUCUCCGGAAAUGGUCUGGAGAAGAGAGGAGGGGAUAGGGUCAAGCGGGCAUGUUGUUGGGCGGCCGUCACAAGUCGCAAGAUUUCAUCUGGAGAGAGAGGGGAGAAAGAAGUCAAAGCAUAGGGUAGGGCAGUGUGAGCAGGACCAGCGGUGUCAUUUGACUUAGUAAAUGAGGAUUGGAUGUCGUCAACCUUCUUUUCAAAAUGGUUGACGAAGUCAUCCACAGAGAGGGAGGAGGAGGAUUCAGCAGGGAGGAGGUGGCAAAGAGCUUCCUAGGGUUAGAGGCAGAGGCUUGACAUUUAGAGUGGUAGAAAGUGGCUUUAGCAGCAGAAACAGAGGAAGAAAAUGUAGAGAGGAGGAAGUGAAAAGAUGACAGGUCCGCAGGGAGUCUAGUUUUCCUCCAUUUCCAUUCGGCUGCCCUGUUCUGUGAGCUCGCAAUGAGUCGUCAAGCCAUGGAGCAGGAGGGGAGGACCGAGCCAGCCGGGAGGAUAGGGGACAUAGAGAGUCAAAAGAUGCAGAAAGGGAGGAGAGGAGGGUUGAGGAGGCAGAAUCAGGAGAUCGGAGGGAGGAGGAUUUAGCAGAGGGAAGAGAUGAUAGGAUGGAAGAGGAGAGAGUAGCGGGAGAGAGAGAACGAAGGUUGCGACGGCACAUUACCAUCUGAGUAGGGCCAGAGUGAGUAGUGUUGGAGGAGAGCGAGAGAGAAAAGGAUACAAAGUAGUGGUCGGAGACUUGGAGGGGAGUUGCAGUGAGAUUAGUAGAAGAACAGCAUCUAGUAAAGAUGAGGUCAAGCGUAUUGCCUGCCUUGUGAGUAGGGGGGGACGGUGAGAGGGUGAGGUCAAAAAAGGAAAGGAGUAGAAAGAAGGAGGCAGAGAGAAAUGAGUCAAAGGCAGACGUAGGGAGGUUAAAGUCACCCAGAACUGUGAGGGGUGAGCCAUCCUCAGGAAAGGAACUUAUUAAGGCGUCAAGCUCAUUGAUGAACUCUCCAAGGGAACCUGGAGGGCGAUAAAUGAUAAGGAUGUUAAGCUUGAAUGGGCUAGAAACUGUGACAGCAUGGAAUUCAAAUGAGGAGAUAGACAGAUGGGUCAGGGGGAAAAGAGAGAAUGUCCACUUGGGAGAGAUGAGGAUUCCUGUGCCACCGCUGCGCUGACCAGAUGCUCUUGGGGUAUGCCAGAACACAUGAUCAGACGAGGAAAGAGCAGUAGGAGUAGCAGUGUUUUCUGUGGUAAUCCAUGUUUCCGUCAGCGCCAAGAAGUCGAGGGACUGGAGGGUAGCAUAGGCUGAGAUUAACUCUGCCUUGUUGGCCGCAGAACGGAAGUUCCAGAGGCUGCCGGAGACCUGGAACUCCACGUGGGUUGUGCGCGCAGGGACCACCAGAUUAGAGUGGCAGCAGCCACGCGGUGUGAAGCGUUUGUAUGGCCUGUGCAGAGAGGAGAGAACAGGGAUAGACAGACACAUAGUUGACAGGCUACAGAAAAGGCUACAAUAAUGCAAAAGAGAUCGGAAUAAAAUUAACUAAACAUCUGGGAAAGCGAGAGAGCGGGGCAUCCCUCACUUACCUUUCACUGAAACACUCAAAUAUAACUCUCCCAACUUCAACUUUAGAAAUUAUAAUUGUUGUAAACUACAGCGGUUCAAUGUUUCUAGGAAUAGACUCUAACUUAGUUUAUUGAGCUAGCUAACUUGGUACAGUAUUCUUACCGUGAAAACCGCCCAGGGCACCGUAUCCUAUGACGCCAUAGCUAACUAGCAUGCUAGCAUCCAAUAACACACGGUUUAUCACCAAUAAUUGGUUACAACAAACUACCAAUAGUGUGUUAACACACUAAACAGAUAAUUCGUGUCCGUGUCUAGUUCCUUUCAUAACGCAGAAAUAAUUAAACGUUGGCUAGCUAGCACAAAAGUCAGUCAUGCUAGCUACACAAGUGCACAAUACUGUAGUAGCCUAUAUUAACUGUAGGUCUAAUAUAAGCUACUACAGUAUUCGACUGUGUCUGCCUGACUUAUAGGAGGACCUGUCCAGGCUACGACGAAAGCUGGAGAAACAGAAGAAAGUAGAGGUGUACACUGAUGCUGAUGAGAUCCUGCAGGAGGAGAUCAACCAGUACAAGGUAAUACAAAAUACACACAUCCUGAUGGAAUGGCCUUGCUUUUGUUUGAUCAAUUACAUGUAGUUGUACAUGUGAGAAGGUUCACAUAUUGUGGUACAUGGAUAACACUUUAUUUUACAGCGUUAACUGUAUAUUUUCUAUCCCAAAUUGACCCUGCAUUUUCUGUACUCCACACCUUGCAGGCGAAGCUGCGUUGUCCGUGCUGCAACACCCGCGACAAAGAGACGGUGCUCACCAAGUGCUUCCACGUUUUCUGCUACGAGUGUCUGAAGACGCGCUAUGACACUCGUCAAAGGAAGUGCCCCAAGUGCAACUGUGCCUUCGGGGCCAACGACUUCCACCGCAUCUACAUCACCUAA